UCUUCUAUUUUGUCUAUUUUUACUUAUCGCUUUGCCGUUUAGGCCCAAAGAAAAACCAACCUUUCACUAUCUUAGUAGCUCGUCAAAUGACACCAAAGCUAACAUAUUAACAUCAUCAUCAUCAUCAUCAUAAUCGUUUUUUUUGGAGUGUUAGAUUCUGGUCAAUUAUAGAAGAACACAACAACAAUCCAUACAAAUUGAAGUAUCCGUGUCUUAGAAGCUUGAGAAAGAACCAAUAUGGAUUGGUUCGAGUAGUCAGCUCAAAUUCUGUUUAUAUAUGUAGCAAUUUAUUGGUUAGUAGCAGACCUUUAAAUCUAGUUUGAGAGGUUUAGACUCUUACGCCUAACCUUUGAAAUACCUGUGAGAUUUCUCAAGUAAUGGUUCAAUUCCCCAUUUACCAUAAUGUAAGAGCCAAAGUCCGCUGAGGAAGGGUCUCAUACUCUCAUGGGUGAAAUUGAAAUCGACGCUCCGGCGAAGGGGUUACGUUGCAGGUGGACAUGGAAGGAGAACAAGUUGUUUGAGCUAGCCUUGGCGGUGGUUGAUGAGAACCACCCGGAACGGUGGGAGGCGGUUGCGGCGAUGAUUGGAGGAGAGAAGAGUGCUGGGGAGGUUCAAGAGCACUAUGUGAUCCUUUUGGAGGAUUUGGAACUUAUAGAAUCUGGUAAAUUUGACCAUAAACUUGAAGAAGAAUCUCAUCAGCCUUAUGUACUAGUUGACCAUGUUAAGUCUCUGUGUUUGUCUCAUAAUGAUACAGCAGCCAUGUAAGAACUACUCUGUUUUUUUUUUUCUUUUUUUUUGUGUGGAAUAAGAUAAUUUAGUUUUCUUUCUUCAAAUUA